CAACUUUGGACCCAGUGUUGUGCAAUGAGAAGAAAGGAAGUCAGCUUUUCCAAGAAGAGAAGAAUACAUUCUGAUGACGUACAGGGAGUGAUCAGACAGUUGAUCCAAGUAAGAAAAGAUGGCUGGACCUCGACCAGAGCUGCUUGAUUUUCAGGGUGUCCCAAUGACCCACUACUUUACAGACAACUGGGAGAAUAUUCAAAACUUCCAAGCCAGGCCAGAUGACAUAGUUAUUGCAACUUACCCCAAAGCUGGAACAACAUGGGUCUCCUACAUCCUGGACCUGCUGUAUUUUGGUCAAACAGCCCCUGAGCGUCAGACGUCCAUCCCUAUCUACCUCAGAGUGCCUUUCCUGGAGGUAUCCUUCCCGGCUUUGGGUACAGGGACAGAUCAAGCAGACAAGCUCCAAACCUCUCCUCGGCUCAUUAAAACUCACUUUCCCAUCCAGUUUAUGCCAAAGUCUUUUUGGGAGCAGAACAGUAAGAUAAUCUACGUGGCCCGCAACGCCAAAGACAACAUGGUCUCAUAUUUUCAUUUUGACCGUAUGAACCAAGCUCAGCCAGAGGCUGGAGACUGGGGCAGCUACUUCCACAGAUUCAUGGAGGGAAAGAUGGCUUGGGGAUCCUGGUAUGACCAUGUGAACGGAUGGUGGAGGAAGAAGCAGACUUAUUCAAAUCUCCAUUACAUGUUCUUUGAAGAUAUGGUGGAGGAUACCGGACGGGAAAUAGAUAAACUGUGCAGCUUUCUUGGUUUGUCUCCCUCUGUUGAGGAGAAGGAGAGAGUCACAGGGAAAGUUCAUUUUGAUAAUGUGAAGAAGAACAGCAUGGUCAACUACUCCACACUCGAUGUUAUGGAUGCCAAAAUUUCCCCUUUCAUGAGGAAAGGAAAGGUUGGAGACUGGAAGAACCAUUUCACUGUGGCCCAGAAUGAAGAGUUUGAUGAAGACUACAAGACCAAGAUGAAGGACCCCACUCUGCAGUUCCGCACUGAGAUUUAAACAGGAUGAAGAGACUGUGUGGAUGUGCACUUUUUUCAUUCCUGGAAAGACAUGGAUAAUUUCUAUUUCCCCCCUAAGAAUAGAGGCCUUUGUGAGGAACAACAGAGUGUAAUGUUAACCAUGCUAGCAAAGAAUAUCUCAUACGCCAUAAGACCAGCUGUAUUGCACCAUUUAUACUUAUGCAACUAAUGCAUGUGAGCAAUAGAAAUCUUUAUAAUCAUGGUAUAAAUGAGAUUACUGCUCACAGAUACCUGUGCAGAGUCACAAUGAAAAGAAGCAUUUAAAGAAGGGCUGCCAAACGUUUAUUAUUUUUAUUUGUGAUUAAUCUCAGAAUUUGUGCAGUUAAAUACAAUUAAUCUUACCAUUAUGCAACAUUUUGGAAGUCCACUAUUUGCAUUUAAAACUUCUUUUGUUUCAUGUUGAGUUUGUAUACACCCUCAAACUAAAGGUAAUUACCUUUUUCCUGGGACUGGCUUUUAUUUUGAAAGAAAAUAAGGAACUUUGGGUAGAUCAGAGAUUAUAACAUGAGUUUAACCACAGAAAAAAAAGAAUGUUAGGAAUAAAAAGGGAACUUAGGAACAGUUAAAACAUUCAUAAUGGGUAAGACAGGGUGCAGAUGACUUCUGACUCCACUGAGCUGUAUGUGAGGUUUAUAAAAUAUAAUGAGACAAUUUUUUUGAUAAGAGGCUGCACAACAGCAUGUUUAAGAACAGCUGGAAAGCAGCCUGACAUAAGAGAUGUAUUCAGAAGAGUUAAAAUGCAUGACCCAGCUGAGUUAAAAACAUCCUUUAAGAGCCUGGGAGGAAUACUGUCUGUGGGACAGGGAUUUUUUGAACCACCUUAGAUAGCUCUGCCAGAGACACUGGCUCAAAUUGGUCAAAAACAGCUGAGCACAUGGGAGACAUAGCUGGAUCUAAGAUGUAAGAAGUGAGAUUAAAUCUAACUAAAGACAUUUUAUAAAUUAAAAAAGAAUGAAAUCUAUUGCAUAAAGUAGGCUAUGUGAUGGAACAACACAAGGAGAAUUACAAGGAUUUAAAAGAAUGUUAGAAGUAUAAAGAACCUGGGGUCUGUAGGUAUUAUUAAGUGAAAAUCAGUGCAGCAUCUGCAGCAGGCUGUAAAAUGAUGUUAAAAAUGUUUUGUUUUUUUUUUUCAUCACAAGGCUUUUUAGGUGUUCUCAAUCAAAAUCCACAACUCACAAAUGUAAGUCUGACCAAAUUGUCAAUCAAAUUUGCAAACGUUUUUGCUAUAUAUAAUAUACUAUACUAGAUAUAUCCUAUACUAGAGCUACAUCCAAGCUAAUCACCGCACUGGAGCCAGCCAUUGACAACAGCUCUGAAUACAACUAAACCCCGCCCAUAGCUACCAUCUUGUUCUCCUCAAAUGACACUGUUCCGAAGAGAGUUCGGUUCAGCACUAACUUUGUGGAUUGGAUCUUUCAAAGAUGAAUGGCCUGCUGACAUACAUGGAGUCUGGCAAAUCCAUCUGCUUUGCAAGAUUACCAAAAUGAUGAAUAUUAAAGAAAUGAUAACACCUGUUGAUGCACUUAGCUCAUCACUACAUCCUGGAGUGCUAUACAGUGGAAACUAUAUGGUGGCCAGAUUUCAUAAUAUAAUCACCUUUUCUGGGUCUAAAGUUAUCUGAGAUGGACUGAGGCAAAUUGGACAACUGUACUGUGGUCUGAUAAGUCACAAUCUGAAACUUUAUUUACAAAUAAUGAACAUUAUUCAUUUCUAAAAGGAGAGGGACCAUGACUGGUUAUCAGCACUCGGUUCAGAAGCCAGCAUCAAUGAUGGUAAGAGGGUGCAUAAGUGUGCGUGGCACUGGAAACCUGCACUUUUGUAACAGCUCAAGGAAUGCUAAAUAUAUUUGGGAUAUAUUCCAGUUCUGAUAAAACUGCCGCUGUGGCUACAUCCAAGCUAAUCGCUCCACAAUAGACUGUAGAAAGAAUUGGACAAAGCCUGUGUGACGUCAGCUGCCCGCUUAUAGGCAGACCCAAACUGCUUUUGAAGCCAAUCCGUGGCAGCCUCCAUAUUGAAAUCGCUAUCUUAUCAAAACUUUGGCUCAACCUAACGGCAGACAAGAGCCCGCCCACUGGGCUUGACUUCCUGUUCGCUAGCUAGCAUUCUGAUUGAGAGGUAGGUAGCUUCUGGUUGGGCUCUGGCAAAUCCAUCUUUGCAAGGGUAAGUCAGAGAGUGUUUUAAUUUUGUUUGUGUCUCAUGGGCUCUUUAGUUUGUGUUGAACUUGAUCUGUGAAAUGGUUCACUUCAUGUUCUGGUCAGGGACUACAAUAUGUGCUGUUCUCUUUUGGGCUUUUGAAUGGUAUUCUUAGAUAUGCUGUGUUUCUGUUAAGUCUGUCCUGUUUUGCUUUGCAUAUGUUU